AAUAUGAUAAACUCCAAAAGGAAAAGAAAAUAUAAUACAGAAGAAUACACGGAACAACAUUUCAUUUUGAACCACAUAAAUAUUAAGGUACCAAUAGGCAUACUAAUAUAUACAUGCACAGGAAGGAAAACACUAUACUUAUCCAUUGGAUGGAAACUGCACUUAGAAAAGGUGUCGCAUAACAUAACUACCGAGGGCAAAAAUGUUUAACUACAAUUCACAUUGCUAUGGGACCGUGUAGAGAAAUAUGUAAAUUUAGGUCACUUCAACUCUCACAUGAAUAAAUAUAAAUGUCUAAUCAGGUCUGGGGUUGAGAAUGAUUGGCAUCAUGUCGUCAUAUUAAGAUAAUAAAGACUGAAAAUUAUGAUUAUAAGGGAUCACUUGUUUCACACACUUUUUCCUUAGUACUCUAAGAUGCCUCAAACGACACUGAUUUCACUCGUUUUCGUUCAGUUUGCUACGCCGUCGUCACUAUUUCUGACGACUUUUCCGGCAAACGACCACCCUUCGCUCCUUCAAAGAAACACCAAGCGUUUCUAUUCAUCUUCCUCCGCCGCCGCUGCUCGUUUCUAUUUGUAUUCAUCCACCGCUGCUGCCGCCAUGGUUGUUCACGCAAAGGAUGAAUCCUACCUAGCCGCCUCAAUCCCUAAGCGCGUCCGUAUCUUCGAAUCGAUUCAGGAGGAGCAGCAGAUUCGCCUGCUUUCCCCAUCUCCAGAUCUGAUUAAGGCAACACUUCUUGAUGGAAACGUGAAGGAAGGAAAGAAACGGCAAACUACUCAUUUGGACGUUGCUCGUGAAAUGAUAGAGCAGAGCCCAUUCCUAUCAUGAAAUCUCAAAGAAUUUGGCCAAUA